AACAAUGGAUGGAUCUGAAGUUGAUCGAGAGACUUGAGCGUUGAAAGUUAAAAAAAAUAAACAAAUGUUGACUUAUUUUUGACACUUUAAUGAGUGGGACCCUUUCGGGUCCCCAAGAACUUGAGUGUGAUUUUGCAGUGAAAAGGCGGCAGGUUGAUUCUGGUGUGUCUUGUACCAGGAAGCAGGUCUACUUCCAACAUGGCCGGAAGGAUAUCUCCAAGUCUGGGCGGCACGUGAGAGCCAAGUGCAGACCUCUACGGGAGUGCAUCCGCUCCCAGGCCGGGGAACACCAGCAGUUCUUGGACCUGCUGGAGAAGAUGCUGGAGUACGAGCCUUCCCAGCGCAUCUCGCUCUCCCGCGCCCUCCGCCAUCCUUUCUUGGCGCCGGCCCAGCAGCCGCCGAGGUCUGUGGUCGGGAGCGAGAGUCCGGACCUCAGGUAGACUGCGGCACCUGGAGGUCGGUGCUGCCUUUUGAUUGGUCCGCUGUCAAGGUGACCUCAUUGGCCGGCGACUUGGCGCUGUAGUUUGACAUAGUUAGCGCCAUCCUGCCUGCGCCCCUCGCUGACUGGGGGAGCUGAACGGGUCUGGAGGACGUGCUGGGUGCCCCCCCUACAGUAGAGGGGUGCGGGCGGGGGCGUGAGGGGCAGGCUUUUUAGUGUCGGGCUGGGAGUCUUUGGGCACCAUACGAUUCAAUUCGACUCCUGGGGUGAUGAUUCGAUCCAGAAUCCAUCCUCCAUUCAGAGCGAUUCUGACAAUUGGUAUAGUAAUUAUAUUUGCCACUAUUUAGGACCUAAAGAUUUGAUCCGAUUCCGAUUCCCGGGUAACAAUUUGAUUCAGAUUGGAUGUUUGAUUCAAGCUGAUUCUGCCAAUGUAUUAUUUGGUAUAAUAAUCAGAAUGAAACUUGUUCAAAACAGGUUAGAAAAUAUCCUUCUG